AAUGGCACGGUAUCAACUGGCAAGCCCAUAGAGUUAGCCAUCAGUCUCCACCACAGCCCAGGAACACGGAUACAUCUCCAUAUAACCAUCUUAGCGACUAACAUUAUGUUGUUCGUCACAACUGGGACAUUGGACGCUGGCCAGGCAGGAGCAGCAAUGGGAUCCUUGGUCUACGCAAUGCCUGAUAGAUACAAUCCAACGCAGCCGAUCAGUACUGCACUCUACUCGUCGUCCGCCUCGCUGGACUUCGCAACACGCAUGGCCAAAGUCCUCGCUAGGCGCACGGGCAAGCCUAGUUAUGUGGGAGGAAGUCUGAACCUUUCCAAUGCUGCCGGCGGAGGCACGCUGGAAGAGGAGAUGGAGGCUUUCCGCACGAUCGUCGAAGUAGUGACUGCAGAAGUUGCG